AUGUAAGAUUGUUGGGACGAUCAAAAUUACCUCAACUUCCUCUAGUUAGAGAAGGAAGUAGGAUUAAUUGAUGACAAUUCUACAUCGUUACUUCAAUUGAAUCAUGAAAAUCUUUCUCGAACAAUUAUCAUGGACUUAGAAGGUUGUCCACUAAAUCGCCAAGCCAAGAAGAUAAAGAAGAGGAAGCGAGUGGUCUUCCAUUACAAGAAGAGAAGAAAUACUAAAUUGACAGGGAUCAAUAACAACAACACAUUCACCGUUGAGGAGGACAAAAAAAUCCUAUCUCUCGUGCUCGAGCAUGGUCCAAAGUUUGGCAAUAUAAUGAAAAACUUCAAUGAUAGGAACCAAAACGCCAUAAAGAAUAGAUACUAUAAAUACCUUAGAUUCAGAUGGGAUUCAAUAUUGGGGAGGUAUAUCCUUGUUUUUAGUGAUUAUUUAGUGACUACAGAAGACUGAAUUGCAAGCAAGACAGUAAGAAAGUGGAAUGUAGUGAUCUAACUUAAAUCAUAGAUGAAAUGACGAUCUUUCCAGAAUUCAAAGUAUUAUUGUCCCAGUUAGUGUACAGAGUCCACUCCUAUUUUAAUUGA